AUGGACAACCGGCCUGAGUAUUUCGGAAACCUCAGUCCGGCCUCCAACCAUGCAGCCAUCGCUGGCGCGCAGGGGGCACCGGCGAGGAGGAGGAAGAGGACUUCGUCACAAACCCUCGCCAACCCCAGCCCCAUCUCACCUUCGGCGCAGGCGACAAGCGCAACAUUGGCAGCGCCACACUCGUCGGCGUCGUCCUCAUCGGUCCCCGGCUCUUCGAGGUCGAACGUGCCUCCUCCGAACAAGGUGGCCAUCCCUCGAAUAGCUAGCGCCGACACGCCCGCUCGCAGUCGACGACGCUCAGCUCGUGCGUGCGAGCCCUGUCGCCGCCGCAAAAUAAAAUGCGAUGGAAGAAGGCCGAGUUGCUCGCAGUGUAAUUCUAAUAACAUCCGGUGUGCGUAUGAGGACGUCAAGCGCGUGCGCGAGCAGAAGCAGAUCGGAUCGUUGUCCCGGCGUGUAGAGCAGUAUGAAAGCCUCCUUCGCGAUCUGGAAGGGGAGUUCGAUGCGUCCACGACACGGAGAAUUAAAGAAGCAUUGCAAGUAAUUGUUGUGUGGAAUCUCUCUAACAUCGUGGUCAUGGCUGCUUGUAUCAAGGAUGGGAAGCCCCAUGCACAGAACGAUGAAGACUCGGAUUCGGCGACCUCGAUGGGUUCGCUGGAUACCAUCGAUAUCGUCGAUGAAGAUCUGAACCGCAACGAAAACACUCGCGCCGCUGGCUAUUUCGGCAAGAACUCGGAGGUGUCGUGGAUCCGCAGGCUAGAGACCGCUGUGGAUAGCAAAGGUCGGCCUGAUACGGGGGUUGCUGGCUCUUUCUCAACCUCUCAAGAAACUAGCCAGCCCGACAUGGGCUCUGCAAAUCGGCAGCGUGUGGCCAAGGAGAUUCCUAUUGCCAUGAUGGACUACCACCUGGACGACCUCAGUAUCCCAAUGAUGGACCCAUGCGACCCGUUCGCUGUGCCCCCGCGGCCACUGGCAGAUCGCUAUCUCGAUGCAUACUGGACGUUUGUUCACCCGACGUUCAGCGCCAUCCGCAAGCCGACCUUUGUAGACCAGUAUCAAAAGUUCCACGAGCGGGUGUCCAAGCCACCCGACAAAUGGCUGGCCAUUCUGAAUAUGAUUUUCGCGAUUGGCUGUCGGUACUCUCGUCUCACAGACGGCGAAGACUCUCCUCGAGAAGACGACCUGCUGUUUCUGACGCGAGCGCGGCAUUUGGGUCUGCAAGGCGAUGUUCUAUUUGAGCAUACUGAUCUGCAGCAGAUUCAGCUCGACUUGCUUGUCGCGGUCUAUCUGCUUUGCCUGGGGCAAAUCAACCGCGCAUCCAAGUUCUCCGGCAUGGCGCUGCGAUCCGCCCUCUCCCUAGGGAUCAACCUCCGGCUCAUGGACGACCGGAUACAUAGCGCGUCCAAGGAAGCACGCUACCGGCUCUGGUGGUCGAUUUACUAUCUCGAGCACCUGCUCACGUCGAUGACUGGACGUGCCUCCUCUGUCAGCGAGAGUCUGAGCUCGGUUCCGGCACCCGUUCCCUUUGAAGAAGAACGCUUCCACCAGCCCGAGGCCCAGAUUUUGCUCCGGGAUCUGGCAUUCCGUGAAGUCCAGCUGCAGCCCACACUAUUCGAGUCCUCGUCUCAACUGCAGGGCGGCGCCAGCGCGACCACGUACCCAGCCUGCGCCUCGCUGUUCUUUUCCUGCGUAGUCGACCUGGCGCUGAUCACGCAGGCGAUCCUGAACAGAGUGUAUAGCAUCGAAGGCGCGCGUGAAAGCACCAACCAAAUCGAGUACCGCGUCCAGAAGUAUGGCCAGCGCAUAGAUCGCUGGCUUGCCCGGCUCCCCGCGCCAUACCGUUUUACUAUCCCGAAUGCUGGACCUUGGCAUCUGAAUCUUGUUCAGCUCGAGGACCCUGCGGUGCCCUUUGCGCGCGAGCGCAUCUGUCUGGCCAUGAACUAUUACUCGGCACGCAUCACCCUCUGCAGGCCCUGUCUCACCCAAAGCCACAUCGCCUCGCCAAACCCGUUGGGUCCGACGCGUCGUGCCCAGUUCAAGACCGAUAUGGCAACUCAGUGUCUGCAGGCGGCCUGUGCCCUCAUCUCGAUUCUUCCGAUGACGCCUGAUGUGCCCUGGCUGGCGCGCGUUGCGCCCUGGUGGACCACUCUGCAUUUUCUGAUGCAAGCCACGACAGCCUUGCUGCUUGGCCUGUCGUAUUGUUCUCCGUCGCCCACUCCUGGUCCAUUCUAUAACCCAGGCUCUGUCUUGGCCUCACUCAAUCCAUCCAAUCCCACUGCUACAGCACCGGCACCAUCAGCAACAACAUCCUCUCAGCCUCCACCCUCCACUGUCACUUCUCCAUACACCCCGAUACUACAAACAGACCUCUGCACCGCAAUUGCCCAAACCAAAACAGCGCUGUCGUGGAUCCACGCCAUGGCCGCCGUGGACCCGGCAUCGCGUCGUGCAUUCUUUCUAUGCGAUGGCAUUGUCAGGCGCAUUGCGCCUGCGCUGGGCGUCGAUUUAACUGACUGGCCGGACGCACAGUCUCUUCCCGCUGGGGUGUUUGGAACGGACACGGCGAUGGAUAUUGAUGAAGAAAGAAGGAAGAGCGGGGGGGCGUGGCAGUGGCAGUGGGAUGGAGUUGUUCGAUGA